AUGUGGCUCAAAAUUAGUCCAUUGAUUGAGGGAGAUCUCGAGGCCGAAGAUGCAAACAUAAGAACUGCGGCGAUGAACUUUUUGGUUGAAUAUGCUAGAGAGUUGGCUGCAGCAUGUGGAAGUCGCCAAGGUGAUUCUGAAGAAGACGGAAUUGUGAUUCAGCAAUUUCAAAAUGUCGUUAUGCCGGAAGUUUUUCAAUGGUGGACCACCGUGUUAUCUAAUCAUAUUCAAAUUACCACCGUCGACAAGUGUCAUGCCAUACGAGCUUUGUCGUGUGACUUCAUAUCAUAUAUCCCUUCAAAUAUAUUUGCACCAAUGCCUAAUGACAAGAAAAACUUUUGUAUCAAAACUUUACUCGGAUUCUCUAAAGAUGAAAGUGCAAAUGUUAGAGCUGCCGCUUGUCGCGGUCUGGGAGUUUACAUUUUGUUUCCUGAACUACAACAGGACACUAAAUUUGCAACAGACAUGGCAUAUGCCGCCAUUCAGCAAAUGUCUGAUUCGCACUUAUUAGUACGAGUGAGAAGUAGUUGGGCUUUAGGCAAUUUGUGUGAUACAAUGGUCGUAUUAAGUAACCCAGAAAAUUCUAAUAUCAGAAACACCAAUUUAAAUGAAUUCUUGAUAAAUGUUAUGUGGGCUAGGAUCGUUAAAGCAGGGCUAAAUGCUUCGAACGAUAACGACAAGGUUCGCUGGAAUGCUUGUUAUGCAGCCGCAAACAUGUUACAUAAUCCAAGUUUUCCCAUUGGCACCAAGAACCACUGGUCCACACAACUUUACGAAUCUUUGAUCAGAGUAGUGCAAACCUCCAAAAACUUCAAAGUUAGGAUUAAUGCAUGCUUAGCAUUAGCCACGCCGAUGACUCGGGAAAAAUAUGGGGAUGUUACCAUACUUUGCAAAAUUUUGCAUGCUAUUGUGUCAAGUAUUGAAAAUGUGGAUAACUUGUCUAAUACUGGAUUUGGUGAAGUGAAAUAUCAAGAUCAAUUGAGAAAUCAG